AUUGAGGGUUUUUCUGUCCCUUGAAAAACCCUAGUUGCAGAGCGGCUGAAAAUUGUACUCUCAAUUUUGGUCAGCAAUGGAGGGUUUGAAGGUAGCCGAAGCUAAUUUGACAGUAUACGUGCAUCCAUCGAAGAGCAACCGUGUUCCGGAGGCCAUACUCCGGGAACUCAGUCAUCAUCUCUUCAAGUUCAAUGAGUCUUUUGAUGGUGUCUUAUUGGCUUAUGGUAUUAAUGGUCUGGAUCAAAAUGCAAAAAUUCUUCCUGGGGUUCAUCCUUAUUUUGCUGUGAAACUGAAGGCAGACCUCUUGCUUUUUUAUCCAAAGCCAGAUAUGCUAUUAGAAGGAAAAGUAGUAAAACUUACUCAGGAAUCCAUUCAUGUCAUUGUUCUUGGUUUUUCUGCUGCCAUUAUAACAGCUGAAAACAUCCGUCAUGAAUUUAAAUACAAAACCAAACGUGGUGAAGAACAAUUCGUUAGCAGAUCUCACAAGCGACAUGUCAUAAAGGCUGGAGCUGUAAUACGUUUUAUAGUCAAGAGUUUUGAUGAGGAAAUACUUCACAUUUUUGGAUCUCUGAUUCCAACCCACACAGGAAGCAUUCACUGGUUGGAUAGAAAGUCAGAAGAUGUUUCUGUACAUGAUAGUAGCACGAAAAAGAGAAAAGAUAAGGAUGAUGGACAGUUUCCAGAGCAUGGAGGCAAAGAAGCAUUCUCCCCUAGUGAUCACAGCAAUGUUAAAAAAUCAAAGAAACAUAGAAUCAAAAAUCAAUAAGCUUUGCUUUCGGAUUCUAAUUAUUUAUGUCCUUUUAUGUUCAGCUGGCACAAACCUCUUGGAAAGAACGUUCACAUAUACAAAGAGGAAGGAAGAGGGCAAAUUGCUUCCCAUUCUGAAAGAAUGAUUUCUGAUUUCUUUGUAGGAGACUCAUGUUUCAGAAUCACGUUCGGCUCUUCACCUUUUAAGUGAAAGCAUGGACUUUACCUUCUUCCGGGAAGACAAGACUAAAAGCUGUCUGUAGUUUGUUGUCUGGUAUACUUGGCCUUAUCAAUACAUAUGCUUUGUCCAGAGCUAAAUGCUGUUGAUACACAAUCGCAACAAUUAUGUGAGCUUUUGUAACUGACUGGAAUUCAAAUAUAUAUAUCUAAUGCUA